AGUGUGCAAGAUGAUACAUUUGUUCUCCAGAGCUUCGGCGAGCAGUCCAAGUCCGAGGGGGUCGGCGAGCUGCGCACGGAGCAGGAGUACAGCACCUAUUCGGCCGGGCAAAUAUGGUCUCAAUUACCUCGCCGUCUCUGGCGCACAUGUCCCGCGCGCAAGUUCUGUUGGUGGCGUGCGGCGUCAGCUUAGCCUUCCUCGCCGUGCUGCUCCUCCGUCAGCUCAUCAAGCAGAGGAGACCCCCGGGAUUCCCCCCCGGGCCUUCCCCCAUCCCUGUCAUAGGGAACAUUAUGUCUCUGGUCACCGAGCCGCACGUUUUCCUCAAGAAGCAGAGUGAAGUUCACGGAAAGAUUUUCAGUCUGGACCUUGGAGGCAUCUUGACUGUGGUGCUGAAUGGCUACGACUGUGUCAGGGAAUGCCUUUACCAUCAGAGUGAGGUCUUUGCUGACCGGCCAUCCUUGCCUCUCUUCAAGAAAAUGACCAAAAUGGGUGGUCUUCUCAAUUGCAAAUAUGGCAAAAGCUGGAUCGAACACCGCAAACUGGCGUGCAAUUCGUUCAGGUACUUCGGAAGUAAUCAGAGGCUCUUUGAGAGGAAGAUCUCGGAGGAGUGCAUGUUCUUCGUGGACGCCAUCGACGAGCACAAAGGCAAAGCGUUCAAUCCCAAACACCUGGUGACCAACGCCGUGUCCAACAUCACCAACCUGAUCAUCUUCGGCCAGCGCUUCACCUACGAUGACAGCAACUUUCAGCACAUGAUUGAAAUCUUUAGCGAGAACGUGGAACUGGCGGUGAGCAGCUGGGCCUUCCUCUACAACGCCUUCCCUUGGAUCGAGUAUGUGCCCUUCGGGAAGCACCAGAAGCUCUUCCGCAAUGCCGCCGAGGUCUACGACUUCCUACAACAGGUCAUCGAGAGCUUUUCCCAAGGCCGGGUGCCACAUAUACCUCGGCACUACGUCGACUCCUACUUGGAUGAGUUGGAGCAGAAUGUGGGCAACCCUGGUUCGUCAUUCUCCUAUGAGAACCUCAUCUACUCAGUGGGGGAGCUAAUCAUCGCAGGCACCGAGACCACCACCAAUACCCUGCGCUGGGCCAUGCUUUACAUGGCCCUGUACCCCAACAUACAAGAGAGGGUGCACAGGGAGAUUGACAGUGUGUUGCCAAACGGGCGAGCGCCCUCUUUAGAGGACAAACAGAAGAUGCCCUUUGUGGAAGCUGUCCUGCAUGAGAUCCUGCGUUUCUGCAACAUCGUCCCCCUGGGCAUUUUCCGCGCCACGUCACAGGAGGCCCACGUCAAUGGCUACACCAUUCCCAAAGGCACCAUGGUGAUCACCAACCUGUAUUCCGUGCACUUUGAUGAGAAGUACUGGACCGAUCCGGGCGUGUUCUCACCACAGAGGUUCCUGGACAGCAAUGGUAACUUCGUGAGACGUGAAGCCUUCCUGCCAUUCUCGCUGGGGAGGCGUCAAUGUCUUGGUGAGCAACUGGCCAGGAUGGAAAUGUUUCUCUUUUUUACCACUUUGCUCCAGAGAUUCCACCUUCAGUUCCCACCAGGAAGCAUUCCCACAGUGGCGCCCAAACUGGGCAUGACCUUGCAACCCAAGCCUUACUCCAUCUGCGCCAUCCGCAGGCAACACAAAGACACUCCUUAUCACAAUUAGGCAUCAACCACUCAAGUUCCUGUUCAACUAGAUUGGAUUUUCAUAUAGCGAUCGACUCCGCAAAAUAUAGGUGCUUAAAAAGGCCACCCAGGAUUGUAGUGGUGCAUCUUUUGGGAACUCCCACUUGUGGACGCGUGAUCAUCUAUGUAAUUGGGCAAUAUGCGUAUUUGCACAAUAGGCACAAAGCUGUGCAAUGCAGACUUUCGAGACAGAUGUACAUUAUCGAUCGAGUUCUGCGUAGCGAAGGACACGAAAUGUCUCUGAACCUCGGCGAGCCGGGAAUGUGUUAGGUAUACGUCAAUGAUUGAUACUAAGUACACUGGUGCUGGUUCACAGUCAGGUCAGACAAAUGACUCCUGUCAUUUGGAGCUGCGGGCACAAUCGAGACAUUCCAAGAACAUUCGCACGCUUAGGCUGGACAUGAGCUGGCUUUACGUCAUCUGAACUGAGUUUGACACCGCCUCCUGGGAGAGUGCUUUUGGCAAAAGCUGGUGGAUUUCUAGAAAUCACUUUUUCUUUUCCCCUUAUGGUGCUUAUUAGUACUUACAAAGUACUUCAUUUACAUGUCUUUUUUGAAUACUGGUGUUUUUGUGUCCCCCAACUAUGGGUUAAAUAGUACCACUGCCCAGUGGGCUCCUCGGGAGAGGAAUGGGCUAAGGAGUCAACCCCUACAGAAAAUCAAUUUCCCCUUGGGUUGGUGUCAGGAAGGGCAUCCGACUGUAAAAAGUUUUGCUCCAAAAAUAUUCUCAGUAUGGAAGAAAGCCAUAUCGAGAACCCAGUCCAAUCCAGCGGUGCCUGGAAAGCGGACUUUAAACCGUUGAUGAUGAUGAUGAAGAUCAAGUACUUGCUUAACAACAAAAUGCAUACUUUUUUUUACAAAAUACAUUUUACAAGUGUGUUAUAUUACGUUUGUAAUACUUGAAUCGAUGAUUACGGCGAGCUGCAACAUAGUUAAGAGAAAUUGCUAUGUUGACGUAAGACUUGAAUUGUUUGUUUUGGUUUAUUUGAAUCCAAAAAAAAACAUUAAAAGUGCACAUUGUU